CACGUGACCAGAGCUGGGGGCUCCUGUCUGAGCCCUCCAGCUUCUUCUCCCCAGGUGCCCAUCGGAGGGAAAGAUGGCUGAUGCGCAGAACGUCUCGCUGGACGGCCCGGGGAGUGUGGGGGCCGUGGCCGUGCCUGUGGUCUUUGCCAUCAUCUUCCUGCUGGGCACAGUGGGCAACGGGCUAGUGCUGGCCGUGCUGUUGCAGCCCAGCCCCAGUGCCUGGCAGGAGCCGGGCAGCACUACGGACCUGUUCAUCCUCAACCUAGCGGUGGCCGACCUCUGCUUCAUCCUGUGCUGCGUGCCUUUCCAGGCCGCCAUCUACACACUGGACGCCUGGCUCUUUGGGGCCCUCGUUUGUAAGACGGUGCACCUGCUCAUCUACCUCACCAUGUACGCCAGCAGCUUCACGCUGGCCGCGGUCUCGGUGGACAGGUACCUGGCCGUGCGGCACCCGCUGCGCUCGCGGGCCCUGCGCACGCCGCGCAACGCCCGCGCCGCCGUGGGGCUCGUCUGGCUGCUGGCGGCCCUCUUCUCGGCGCCCUAUCUCAGCUACUACGGCACCGUGCGCUACGGCGCGCUGGAGCUCUGCGUGCCCGCCUGGGAGGACGCGCGCCGGCGAGCCCUCGACGUGGCCACCUUCGCCGCCGGCUACUUGCUGCCCGUGGCCGUGGUGAGCCUGGCCUACGCGCGCACGCUGCGCUUCCUGUGGGCGGCCGUGGGCCCCGCGGGCGCGGCGGCGGCGGAGGCCCGGCGCAGAGCCACGGGCCGCGCGGGGCGGACCAUGCUGGCGGUGGCCGCGCUCUACGCCCUCUGCUGGGGCCCGCACCACGCGCUCAUCCUCUGCUUCUGGUUCGGCCGCUUCGCCUUCAGCCCGGCCACCUACGCCUGCCGCCUGGCCUCGCACUGCCUCGCCUACGCCAACUCCUGCCUCAACCCGCUCGUCUACGCGCUCGCCUCGCGCCACUUCCGCGCGCGCUUCCGCCGCCUGUGGCCCUGCGGCCGCCGCCGCCGCCGCCGCUGCCGCCACGCCCGCUGCCCCCCGGGCGCCCGCCGCGCCCACCGCCGCGUCCGCCCCGCCACCGCGGGCCCUGCCGGUUGCCCCGGGGACGCCCGGCCUCGCGGCAGGCUGCCGGCGGGCGGCGGCCGGGGCGGGGGGCCCGGGGAGGAGCCCGCCCGCGUCGGAGAGGCCGGGCGAGCCUCGUCGGCCCCGGGACCGGAAUAA